AGCACAGCGCCUACUAUGCCUUCCUAAAUCCACCAUCAGAGGCACAUCAACAACUUCUGCUUCACUUCCCACCUCCACCACAACAACCCCACCAUCUGAUGACACUUUUUUAGUCCAGAAAAUUCUAUGGAACCUAAAACAAGGUGUAAGAGGGUAGCUGAUGCACAGGCUUUUAUCCUUAGGAUGAUUAGACGAAGUGGUGUUUCAAGAAUUGAGAUUGUGGAAUCUUUGGUGUCAACUUAUGGGAUAUGCGGGUCGAAUCCAUAUGCUUUUGAUUUGUUGAUUAGGACUUAUGUACAAGCUAGGAAGAUUAGGGAGUCUGUAGAAGCAUUUAGGUUGUUGCAAAGUAGGAAUCUUUGUGUUUCGAUUAAUGCGUGUAAUGGUCUUCUAGGAGGGCUUGUUAAGAUUGGUUGGGUCGACUUGGCAUGGGAAGUGUAUGGUGAGAUGAGAGGAAGUGACAUUCAGCCAAAUGUAUAUACCCUUAAUAUAAUGGUGAAUGCUUUGUGUAAAGAUGAGAAAAUUGAAAGUGUGAAGCAGUUUAUUCAAGAAAUGGAAGAAAAGGGAAUUUUUCCGGAUAUGGUGACUUACAAUACUUUGAUAAAUGCAUAUUGUCACGUGGGGCUUCUGGAAGAAGCCUAUGAAGUGAUAAACUUGAUGAAAGUUACAGGGUUGAGACCAUGUCUUUUGACUUAUAAUUCAAUAAUCAAUGGUUUAUGUAAGAAUGGACAUUACACGGCAACUUUUGGUUGAGUUGGCAGAGAGCGGACUGGCCCCUGAUACCGCUAGUU